UAGAGAAGCACCGUUGUUCGCUUUGAUAUACUGUUGCCAUGACGAUAAACAACUUAAACGAAAGCGAUAUUUUCAGAAGGAGCCAGUUUUCUACGUCCUCGGUUGUCCUGUCAUAAAGAUCUCUGACACGUUUAUAAAAAAAAAAAAUAAUAAAAGAUGGAUUCACGAGCCAGUGAGACAAUGUCAUUUUUCGUCGAUGUCGUUACCGAAGAUUCAUUCUACGAAAACCUAACUUUAGGUGUCGUCAAGAUUCUCGAAAAUUCACCAUGCGUUAAAAACGUUCGCGUCAACAGACGAAACGGUUGCGAACGAAACGCCAUUGUGAAUUGGGAGCAACGACACGGCUGCGUGUUGCCAGAAGACGUGAAGAAUUUCUAUGCCUCGAUCGAUGGUUUUUUACUACAGUGGAAUCUCGAGAUAGCAGGCGAGGAAUUUCCGGUAGGGCGAAUGGAGAUAGGCAAGCUGUCGUCCCUAAAACGUUACCUCGGCGUUGGGAAGGAUCGACAAAGCGGAACGACGACGAGUCUGGCCUCGGAGGAAGGAGGGGACAUCGAACCGGAAGUUGAGAUACUCGUAGGGAGUACCGAGGACGUUGUUGCCGGUAACUCGAAGAUUCACACGGUUAAUCCUCGUGGUUCGAAACUCUUCGAGAUAGCUCGAUGCUUUCCCACAACUUUAGAUGCGAGGGUGUAUUUGGUAUAUACAAAUAAAGCUGAACAAACGUCGCCUGAAAUUUGGCUUCAUCAGGAAACUGCAGAUCGAUGGUAUCAUCUGGCCGAGGAUUUCACCAAAUACUUUCGUAUGAUGUUGGUCCAUCUUGGUUUGCCUCUUUGGCAAUGUUGUGUCGUUGGCUUGCCUCUGCCAACCUGGGUCGAGCAAGUCUAUUUCUUGGUCGGGCCUCAUCUCCUGCCAAAUAUAAUAGAACCAACGGAAACAAUUUCUAGUAGUCUCUGGAACAAUGGUCCUACCAAUCUACUCGAUCCAAAUAUUUUCAAGGGUAAGGAGAAUAAGCAAAGGAACCCGAGAAAGAAGUGAUUUCUUCGUAGUCAUUGCCGUUCCCGUCCUUCUGAUCAUCGUGAUAAAUCUUUCUCUUUUCUGAGAGUGAAAUAGGAAAAAAGAUUACAAAAAUAAAAAUU